AUGACUGCAAAGGAGCGCCUGAAUUGGCAGAACGGCCUGCGGUCGAGCCCCGCGCCGGCGAAGAAGAACGCGCGGCCGUCGUCGCGCCGCGGCAAGGCGCCGCCGCUGUCCGCCUACGGCGGUCUGAGUAGCGCGCGGCGCCGCCGGUCGCCGUCGCUGAAGUCGUCGCUGCACGAGGACGCGGCGCGCGCCGCGGCGCGCGCGCUGCGGCCGGGCACCGCGGAGCACCGGCACCCGAUGCCGCUCGACCUCGCGCGGACGCUGCUGGACGAGAUGUGGAGCCGCGCGACGGCUUCCCGGGGCUGCGGCACCCUGGGGACGACGCCGAAGCUCCGCGCGACGCGGGUCAACGACACCUGGAGCCCCUACGAGCACGCGCUCCCGGAAAAGGCCGUGCAGGAGGCCAUGGCCGUGCUCGACGUCCGCGGCGUCACGCCGGAGCACCAGCGGUGGCUGCUGCAGCUCCUGCUGCGCGUCGAGGCGGACCCGCUCCUCGACUGGCGCGCCAAGCUUCAGCGCCUCGACCGCUACCUCGUCGCGCCCAUCGCCUUCGCCGGGAGCCCGGACGCGUACCGCGACUGGGCGCCCCACGGGCCCUGGGACGCGGCGGACGCGUACUCGCCCGCGACCAAGUCGCUCGUCGCCGGCACCUACGGCCGGGACGCGACGCCGCCCGAGGCGCGGCCCGACGCCGCGGCGAUAGGACCGCGGUCCGCGGCGGCGGCGCGGCCCGAGGCGGCGGCGAAGACGCCCGCGACGUCGCGCCGCGCCGCGUCGCCGCCCGCGACGGCCGCGGCGGCGACGGCCGCGGCGGCGACGCCGGGCUCCUCCGUCCGCCGCGAGCUCUCCUUCGACGUCACGACCGAAAAGCCGCCGCCGCGGCGCGCCGUCUCCGUGCGCUUCGACCCGCCGCCGCCGCCCCGCCCCGACGCCGCGCCGCCGAAGCCCGCGCCGCCGAAGAGCCCCUACGCGGCGCCGGUCCGGAGCCCGCCGAGGAGCCCGCCGCCGGACGUGAGCCGCCUCGCCGCGCGCCGCGCGAGGGCCGCGGCCGAGGCCCGGGCCGCCCCGGAGCUCCCCGCGCCGGCGCGGUCCGAGGAUCUCGAAAGCCGGCGGGCGACGCGCGACGGCUUGGAGCGGUCCGAGGAGCUCGAAAGCUGGCGGGCGACGCACGAUAGCUUGGACCGGUCCGAGGAGCUCGAAAGCUGGCGGGCGACGCACGACAGCGUCGGCGGCGAGCUGCCGCUCACGCCCGGGCAGCGCGCGAUCCGGUUGCUCUGGCCCGACGGCGACGCCUCCGACGGCCGCGCGUUCGACGCGCCGUGGACGGCGACGGAGAAGAUCGCCUCGGUCAUGCGGACGGCGAACGCGUCGACGCGGCGCGCGUCCCUGGGGCCGGGCUUCGCGGAGCCCGCGGCGCGGCGGCGCGAGCGGAAGCCCGCCGCCGAGCCGCCGCCGACCGGGGCCGCCGCGGCGCCGAAGAUCGUCGACGAGAUGCGCAUCCUGGCGCUGAUGAAGCGGAGCGCCCUCGUGCUGCCCAUGGGCGCGCUGCUCCUCUGGCGGGGCACCGUGCGCCGCGCGCGGAACCGGGCCCUCCUCGACGCGCGCGCGUCGGCGUCGCCGCCGGGGUCGCCGGGCAGCGACGACGACGGCUUCCACGCGUCGAUCCUCACGGCCGCGACGAGCCGCAUGUUCGACGACGUCAUCCUGAGCCGCGUCUACGUCGCCUGGCGCACGCACGCGGCGAAGAUGGUGCUCUGCGACGAGCACUGCGCGCGGACCCUCGCGCUCGGCGCGCUCGCGCGGCUCGGGGCGAACCGCGACCGCCGCGUCGCGCGGCGCCGCGCGCGCGCGGCGACGCGCGCGUCGAGCCUGCUGCGGCGCGCGGCGGACCGGCGGGCCUACGCGGCGCUGCGGGCCGCGGCGAAGGUCGCGCAGGCCCUCGCGCGGGGCCGCGCGGCGCGCCGGGCCUACGCGGCCGCGCGGCGCGCGGCCGUCGCCGUCGAGGCCGCGGCGCGCGCGGCGGCGGCGCGGCGGCGCGUGCGCGCCCUCCGGGAGCGGCGCAGACGGGCGGCGACGACCGUCCAGGCGCGCGUCCGGCGCCGCGCGGCCGCGCGCGCCUACGGCGUCCUCCGGCGGAGGGCCGUCGACGUCCAGGCGCGCGCGAGGCGGGCCGCGGCGCGGCGGGCGUACGCGCGCGCGAUCGCCGCGGCGACGGCCAUCGCCGCGCUCGGGCGGAAGCUCGCGCCGCGGCGGCUCCGGCGCGCGGCGCUCCGGGCCGCCGUCGCCGUCCAGGCGCGCUGGCGCGCGACGCUGGCGUCGACGGGCUUCGCGGGCCUCCGCGCGGCCGCGAUCGCCGUCGAGGCGCUCGUCCGCCGCGGCCUCGCGGUCCUGGCCUACGGCCGCAAGCGCCGAGCGGCGACGGCGCUCGCGUGCGCGGCGCGCCUGCGGGCCGCGGUCGCCGCGCUCCGCCGCGCGCUCCGCGCGGCGACGGCGGUCGCGACCGCCGCGCGCGGCCGCCUCGCGGCCGACGCCUUCGCGCGGGCCGCGCGCCGCGUGCUCGCCGCCCAGGCCUUCGCGCGGGCCGCCGCCGCCGCGCGCCUGCGCCGCGCGCUCGCCGCGGAGAGGGCGCGGCGCGUCGCGGCGGCGACGGCGCUCGAGGCGCGCGCGCGGCGCCGGGCCGCGCGGCGCGCGCUGCUGCGGGUCCGCGCCGCGGCGACCUUCGCCGCGGCCGCGGCGCGGCGGGACGCGGCGGUGCGGAACUUGAAGCGCUGGCGCGCGGCGUGCGUCGCCGCGCAGCGCUUCCGCCGCGGCGCCGCGGCCGCGGCGCGCCUCCGCGCGGCCCUCGCCGCCGCCCUGCGGCUCGAGACGUCCGUCGGCCGCGCGCUCGUCGCCCGGGCCGCGGCCGCGGUGCGGCGCCGCGCCGCCGACGCGGUGCGGAGGUGGACGCGGAGCCGCGCGUGGCGCCGGCGGCGCGCGCGGCGGCGGCUCCAGGCCCUCGCGCGCGCGCGAAAGGCGCGACGUGAUCGCGCCGAGGCGCUCGGCGCGGCGGCGACCAUGGCGCGGACCUGGCGCUGCGCGCUCGCGCGGCGCCGCGCGCUCGCGCGCGCGGCCGCGGGCGCCGCGCUCCGCCGCGCCGCCGCGCGCCACCUCCGGCGGCGCCUCGACGCCGCGGCCGUCGGCGCGCAACGGCGCGCGCGGGGGAUCGGCGCGCGGCGGCGGCUCCGCCGCGGCGCGCGGGCCGUCGUGCGGGUGCAGGCGUCCGCGCGGCGCCGGUCGGCCGGUCGCCGCUUCCGCGACGUCCUCGGCCGCGCCGCGCGCCUCGAGGCCGCGGCCCGCGGCUUCCUCGCGCGGCGCCGCGGCGCCCGGCGAAACGCGGCCGCGGUCUGGCUCCAGGCGGCCGCGCGCGUGACGCUCGCGCGGCGCGCGGCGAAGCGCGCGCGGCUCCGGGCCCGGAGCCGCGACCGGCGCCUCGGCCGCUUCCAGGCGCUCGUCCGCGGCCACGCGGUGCGCGUACGCGUCGCCGCGCGGCGCCGCGUCGCCGCGAACCUCCAGAGGCGCGCGCGCGCGAAGGCGGCCGCGAAGCGCGUCGCCGCGUCGCGGGCCACCGCCGCCGCCGCGAAGCGCGUCGCCGCGGCCGUCGUCGUCGCGGCGGCCGCGCGCCGUCGCGCGGCGGUGGCGCGCCUCGGGGUCGCGCGCCGCGGUGCCGUCGGCCUGCAGGCGCUCGCGCGGGGCGCCGCCGCGCGGUCCCGGUACGCGGCGCGGCGCGCGGCGGCGAUCGCGCUCGAGGCGCUCGCGCGGCGGCGGCUCGGCGCGCGGCGCGCGCGGGACCUGCGGCUCCUCGCGGCGCUCGAGCGGCGCGCGCUCCGCGACGAUCUAGGGCGGGCGGCGCUCGCGCGGAUCCGCGCCGCGGCCUUCGAGCGGCGCGCGCGGCGGCGCCGCGACCGCGACGCGCGCCAGGGCCUCGACCUCUGGCGCCUGGGCCGCGCGACGACGUGCUGGCGCGACGCGGCCCUCGCGCGCCGCGACAGAUGGGCCGCCGUGCGGGGGCUGCUGGCCGCGGCCGCGCGGCGCGGCGCCGCCCGGGCCGUCGCCGCGUGGCGGGCCGCCGCGCUCCGGGCGACGGCGCGGCGCGACCGCGCGCGGAAGCGGCGGGCCGUCGCGCGGCUCCGCGACGCGUCCCGCGCCGCGCGCGCGGCGCGGGGGCGGAACCGCGCCGUCGCGCGCGCGGCGCUCUACGCCUGGCGCCGCGCGCGCGUCGAGAGCGAGCGCGACGGCCGCGAGACGCGCGCCGCGGACGCGCACUUCCGGUCGAACCUCCUCCAGCGCGUCUUCUCGAGCUGGUGGCUCUGGGUCGUCGGCUGGAGCGAGGCCCUCGUCCGCGCGGGGCUGCCCCGGGACAAGGACGCACCGCGCGCCAUGCUGCGACGGCUCGCGCUCGCCGCGCUGGCGACGCUCUGCGCCGAGUCGCUGCCGCUGCGGCGGCCGGGGUGGCUCGCCCGGCCGGGGUGGCUCGCCGUCCGCGGCGGCGGCCCCGUGCCCGGCACGAUGCCGAACGCGACGGACUCGUCGAAUCCGUCGGCGGUCGUGAACACGAGCGCGAGCGGCGCGGACGGCGCCGUCGCCGCGGCCUCGACGGCGGCCCCCGCGUCGACGCGGUCGGCGACGAAGGCGACGAAGAAGAAGGUCGCGGGGCGCGCGGCCGCCAAGAAGCCCGCGGCCGCCGCGUCGCCGAAGAAGAAGAAGGCGAAGAAGCCCGCGGCGGCGGCGGCGCCCAAGGCGUCGGCGUCGGCCGCCGCCGCGCCGGCUGUGCCCAAGGCGCCCAAGGCGCCGGCGUCGGAGGCGCCGGCGGCGCCCAAGGUAUCGGCCACCAAGGUAUCGGCGCCCAAGGCGACGAAGCGCAAGGCGCCGCGGAAGCCCAAGGCCGCGACGUCGGGCCCGGCGGGCUUCGCGAAGCCCAAGGCGCCGGUGUCGAAGCCCAAGCCGAAGGUCGCCAAGCCGGCCGCGGCCGAGGCCGCCGCGGCCGCGGCCGCGCCGAAGAAGGUCGCGGCCCCGACCACGCCGAAGAAGGUCGCGACUCCGACGCGGCCGGCGCCGUCGCCGAAGGCGGAGGCGUCCGCGCCGGCGCCGCGGCCGCCGCCGCCCGCGCGGCCGGCGCCGCCGAAGCCCGAGCCGCGCGCCGCCGCCGCGCCGCCUGCGGCCGCGUCGUCCGCGCCGCCCGCGGCCGCUUCGUCCGCGCCGGCGCCGCCCGCCGAGGCGGUACCGCCGCCGCCGGCCGCGGCCCCGGCGGCCGCCGCGCCGCCCAUGGCCGCCGCGGCCGCCGCGGUCGGCGGGCUCGCCGCGUUCGCCGCGCCGCCCGCCGGCGCCGCGCCCGUCGCCGCGCCGAUGUCCGCCGAGGACGCGGCGGCGCGGCAGGCCAUCGCGGCGGCGGCCGCCGCGUCGGCCGUCGCGCCGAUGCCCGAGAAGCACGACGCCAAGGGCAUGGCGCGGCGGGCGGCGAAGAAGGCGCUCAAGGGCAGCUUCGCGACGUCCGCGGCGCUCGCGUGCGCCGUCGCGACGCGGGCGGCGCCCCAGGCGAACGCCGUCGCCAUCGGCGCGACCAUCGGCGCCUUUUGCCGCACGUUCGUCGCGUUCUACUACGCCAUCGCGCUCUCCGCCGUGCGCGCGCUCGCGUUCCAGGGUUUAAGAGGCGCGCCCGCGAGGUGCGCGGACCCGCAGACGGCGGGCAGGUCGUCGAGCGACGCGUUCGGCGCGGCGCGCACGAGCGCGGCGAGGGCGACGACGGCCCAGCGGGUGAUCACCAUGAAGACCGCCAUCCUCCUCGCCGCCGGCGCCUCGGCCUGCUUCGACAACGACUGGCUCAUCAACGUCAGCGGCUCCGUCGAGAACGCCGCCUCCUGCCCCGGGUCCACGGACGGCGAGGUCUGCGCGCCGGACGGCUCGUCGAACUACCACUCCUGGAGCGGCACCUACGACGCGUCCACGGGCAAGUUCACGGGGACGAUGACGACGAACCUGUGCGCGAACGACCACUGGGGGUUGUUCAUGCCCUACGCGAACCACACGGCGCGCUGCACGGAGCAGACCUUCCCGGCGCCGGACUACGCCUCGGACCCGCCCCACGCGGCGCCGCUCCGCGGCCGCGUCGGCAUGACGCUCAACGGCGUCAACAUCUACGGCCCCGAGGAGGCGGGCUUCGGCGUCGGCAUGAACCCGGAGCCCUGCGCCGACGGCUCGGGCUCCUGCUGGGCCGGCGUCGACGUGCCGACCUGCGAGUUCUCCCUCGACAUCACCUGCAACGGCACGGAGAACGUGAACCACGGCCUCAUGCUCGACACGUGCGGCGGCCACGCGCUGCCCUGCGCGUCUUCCGGCGCGCACUCGCCGCUCAUCGGCGUGUCGCUCGACGGCUACGGCGUCUACGGCCUCUACGAGGGCUUCGAGGACGGCAACCAGACCAGGCCCGACGAGCGCGCCCGCGGCGUUUCCCAAGUCGCGCGUUUUGGAAAAGACAUCCGCCCCCGCCGCAGCCUCGACGCCUGCAACGGCCACACGCACGGCGUCCCCGCGAACUCGACCUACGGCGUCGACGAGGGCACGGUCUACGCGCGCCGCCGGCGUUUUCCAAGGAAGAUCUCCGAGUGCGCGUGCUACGACCGCUGCGACACCGUCUCCUCGGGCUGCAAGCACACCUGCGACGUCCUCGUCAACCAGAUGGGCUACAACUGCUCCGAGCUCUACGCGCCGGGCAUGAAGUACGAGGGCUGGUGCGACAAGACGUCGCGCUUCGAGGGGCGGAACAUGAAUCGCUUCGGCGCGCCGGUCAAAGCCAAGGGCGCCAUCGUCCGCGAAGCCGCCGCGCUGGACUCGGCCAAAGUCGGCACCUUGCAAGCCAAGCAGGCCUGCGCGAGCGACGCGUCGUGCUACGUCGACGGCAAGGAGCGCGUGCGCCUCGUGGAACCGUUGGCGGGCUGGGUGUCGACGAAAUGCCUGGCGGCCGUGCGCGAGCCUGCGGCGGACGCGGACCGCACCAUGGUCGACGCGCGCGGCCGCGGCCUCGCGGACGUGGCGUCGUCGGGCGCCGACGCGUCCACGAAGUGCCUCUGGCUCGACAACAACGCCAUCGAAACCGCGGACGUGUCGGGCUGCCCCGGGCUCGAGACGCUCGUGCUGACGAACAACCGCGUGGCGACAGUCGUCGGCGCGCUCGACGAGCUGCGCGAGUUCGUCGCCAACGGGAACGCGCUCGCGGCGCUGCCGGGCGGCUUGGGCAAAGCGCGCGACAUCGUCCUCGACGACAACGCGCUGGCGGCGCUGCCGGAGGCGCUCGGCGACCUCGGCGAGCUCCAGACGUUGUUCGCGCAGCGGAACGAGAUCGCGUCGCUGCCCGCGGCCGUCGGCGCGCUCGGCCGUCUGCAGACGCUGGGCCUCGCGGGCAACCUGCUGUCGCGCGUGCCGCGGGAGCUCGGCCGCGCGACGCAUCUGCGCCGCCUCGAGCUCCGACACAACCGCCUCGCGGCGCUCCCCGACGAGCUCGGAGACCUCGCGCUCCUGGAAGCGCUCCUGUUGGACCACAACCGCCUCGCGGCGCUCCCGCGGCUCGACAGGCUCGACCGGCUCGAAGUCUUGGACUGCGCGCGGAACGAGCUUAAGAGCUGCGAGCUCGCGGGCCUGACCCGCCUCCGCGAUGCGAGCUUGGACGACAACCGCCUCGCGGCGUGCCCCGAGACGCCGCCGAGCCUCGCGCGGCUCUGGCUCCACGGCAACGGCCUCGCGGCGCCGCCCACGCGGGCCCGCUGCUACGUCGAGCGCGGCGACGGCGCGGUCCUCGGCGCCGGGGUUGCGACGCUGCCGUUUCGGAACUUCGCGGCCGCGAAGCGCGCGCGCCACUGCGUCGUCGCCUUUGGGGUCGAGCGGCUCGGCGAGUGGGGCGGCGUGCUCCACCGCGCGCGGCCCGACGUCGACGCGGGCUUCGUCUUCGACUCGCGGCGCACGGGCUACGCGGACGCGGGCGGCUUCCGGUCCUGGCUCGAGACGCUCGCGGACACCUACGACGUGCUGAGCUUCGUGGGCAGCUCCCAGGGCGCCUUCGGGUGCCUACGCCACGCGGACGUCGCGACGGGCGCGGUCCUCGCCUUCUCGCCCAUGCGCCACGACUGCAACGUCCCCGCCGUCGACUGGCAGGCGACGUUCCCGCCGCUCGCGGGCGGAGGAGCCGCCGUCCGCGUCGUCGUCGGAAAAGCGCACGCGCGCGACGUCCGCGCGGCGCGCGAGCUCCGGAGCGCGCUCGGCCCGGCGGUGGCGGUCGUCGAGCUCGACUCCGCGGGCCACGGCGCGGACAUGCUGAUUCCCGACCGGGCGGCGCUGGACGCGUACGUGCGGGAGGGGCUGCCGAGGUUCAUGAGCGCGUCCGCGGAGGCCUCGCCGUGCCACGACGGCGCGUCGUCGCCCCAGGACGCGUCGGCCUGGACGCCGUCGCCCGACGGGUCGAUGAGGUACAUGUUCCAGCUCCACAAAUGGUAG